UACACGGUGUUUUUUCUCAGUGAUAAAGAUUAUGAAAUAUAUUCUUAUCAUAAGUAUUAAAACCACAUUUUGUACUAAGUAGCAAUGAUUUGCUAAUAUUUUCACUAACCUGAUAGUGUUUGUAUUAUAACAUUGAAACUGUAUUACAAUAAUCUUAAAAUGAAUUUUAGGCAGCUCAGAUCAUUUUCAACCAGCAGAAGUUUAUCUAUUCAAGAUGUAUUCAUUCUGGCUGCUGCUCGAACCCCAAUGGGAUCAUUCCGUAGCGCCCUGGGACCUAAGUCGGCCACAGAGCUUGGUGCCCUAGCUAUACAAGCAGCUUUGCACAGAGCGAAAGUAAGUCCAACCAAAGUAGACGAUGUGUACAUGGGUAACGUCUGUUCAGCUGGCUUGGGGCAAGCACCGGCUAGACAAGCAGCCAUCUUUGCAGGUAUUCCCACCUCUGCCGAGGCAACCACCGUCAAUAAAGUUUGUGCAUCUGGUUUGAAAGCCAUUUCCAUCGGAGCCCAGACCAUUACACUCAAUCAAAAUGAAAUUGUGGUCGCUGGAGGUAUGGAAUCCAUGUCUAAUGUGCCUUUCUACCUACGGAGAGGCGAUACACCCUAUGGAGGCGUUCUCUUGCAAGAUGGUAUUGUCUUCGAUGGACUGACUGAUGUAUACAACAAAAUUCAUAUGGGUAACUGCGCCGAAAAUACAGUGAAAAAAAUUGGCAUCUCUCGAGAGGAACAGGAUGAAUAUGCACUUAACAGUUACAAAAAGUCUGCCGCAGCUUACAGUAGUGGUCGCAUCUCAGCUGAAUUAACUCCUGUAGAGGUUCCUGUAAAAAAAGGAAGCAAACAAGAAGUAUUUGAAGAUGAAGAGUACCGGAAGAUCAAUUUUGAAAAGUUUACCUCACUGCGGCCUGCAUUUUUGAAAGAAAACGGGACAAUUACAGCCGGCAAUGCAUCUACGUUGAAUGAUGGAGGUGCAGCUGUGGUUCUAGCAUCAGAGGCUGCAGUCAAAGGGGUAGGGUCUGAACCAAUUGCGAGGAUCAUCGGUGCCAUUGAUGCUGCAACAGACCCUAUUGAUUUUCCACUCGCUCCAGCUUUAGGCAUUCCCAAGCUCCUAGCCAAGUACAAUUUAAAAACAGAUGACAUCAGCCAGUGGGAAAUCAACGAAGCAUUCAGUGCUGUCGUCCUGGCCGCCAUAAAAAAGUUGAACCUUGAUCCGCAUACGGUCAAUCCCAAUGGCGGAGCUGUCAGUCUGGGACACCCAAUUGGGAUGUCAGGGGCAAGACUCAUUGUCCAUCUUUGCCAUUCCCUGAAAAAGGGCGAAAAGGGAGUAGCAAGUAUUUGCAAUGGUGGUGGUGGCAGCACUUCUUUAGUCAUUGAAAAAUUGUGAGUACAAAUUGCCCUUUAUAUUGGAGUGUUUUUAAGACUUUUAGAUUAAGUAUACAAUUGUAAGACUGCUUAUGUGAUUCUCAAGAUAGUGAUAAUGGUGGCAUCAGACAGGAUGUGACAUUUUUUUUUCGUCCAUCUUAUAGAUGACAAGUACAAAUGAAGGAUAUUCAAAUGGUUUUUGGGACUUCUUAUGAAAAAGGUGUGGAAAUCGCUGAAUUAGUUGGUAAAUUUCGGCAUUAUGAUAUAAUUUCUUGAUAUUACUUCCUCUCGGAGUUAUUUUUGGGCGAUCUGUUUCUACCAGCAUCGAAUCAUGAAAAACAAGUUUGUUAGUUCAAGAUUUGAAAUUCUUAAAAAUAACAUACUCGUAAAAGUAAAAAUAAUUGUUGUACCUACCAGAUGAAUUAGGUAGGAGGAAGGGUUUUGAUUAAAAAAUUCCACUUUGUAUUUAGACAAGUUUUUUUUUUAAUUUUAGUAACUUUUUAAGUUUUAUAUGCUGCGUAUUUCAGACUGCUACUUGGUGUCUCCUCCGUAGACCUAUAUGGAUUUUAGAAUUUUACAAAACCGUAAUGCCAAUGCCAAAUGCCAAAAAAAAUAUGUAUAUUUAUUUUUUUUAAGAAUUUAACACAAAAUUUUCAUUCAAAAGGGAGUAAAGAAAAAAAAAUGGUAUCCUAGUCAACGUAACUAGACAGUUUUCUUUUACAUUUGCUUUUAUGUCUACUCGUAACAAUAUCUGCUGGCAGGGAUCAUUCAAAAAAUUUAAUCAUUGUUGCUCUCUCACCAUAAUUGGUUUUACUUUCACUGUUACUUUAUUGAUAUUAUUAAUCUACAUAAUUGUUCAAGUCUCGUAACCUGCAGAUGUUAUUUAUAUUUUUGUACUAUUGUUCUACAAAUAAAAAUUUCUUUAUUUUCA